GAACUGCAUGGAUAACGGGAUAAGCUUGAGUAUCUAUUUGAAACUUAAGGAGCUUAAAAAUGUCAAGAAAGUCCUAGCGGGGAAACUUCCAAAGGACCAAGUGUUCCUGGGCUCCCCUUCUCCGUUCGGAUCAUAGAUGGUACCGUCCGGAAGUUCGGGCGGAGACUGAGGCUGCGCUUCUCGCGAAAAGGCAGGCGUCGCGGAGCUGGCCACUUCCGCACUUCCGCUUUCCGGCCCAGCCAGCGCCCGCGAUGACUGCCACUCUCCGUCCCUACCUGAGUGCCGUGCGGGCCACACUGCAGGCUGCCCUCUGCCUGGAGAAUUUCUCCUCCCAGGUUGUAGAACGACACAACAAGCCGGAAGUAGAAGUCAGGAGUAGCAAAGAGCUCCUGUUACAACCUGUGACCAUCAGCAGGAAUGAGAAGGAAAAGGUUCUGAUUGAGGGCUCCAUCAACUCUGUCCGGGUCAGCAUUGCUGUGAAACAGGCUGAUGAAAUUGAGAAGAUUUUAUGCCACAAGUUCAUGCGCUUCAUGAUGAUGCGAGCAGAGAACUUUUUUAUUCUUCGAAGGAAACCAGUGGAGGGAUAUGACAUCAGUUUUCUGAUCACCAACUUCCACACAGAACAGAUGUAUAAACACAAGUUGGUGGACUUUGUGAUCCACUUCAUGGAGGAGAUUGACAAGGAGAUCAGUGAGAUGAAGCUGUCGGUUAACGCUCGUGCGCGCAUCGUGGCUGAGGAGUUCCUCAAGAAUGUAAGUGUCGGUCUUCUUGGUGUCCCUCCAGAGGUAGGAUGAGCUGUGGGUUGAGAACUUAGCAUCUGGUGGUAAAGUGGUGCCAGCAGUGUGAAUAUUUCCUGAGGCCUAUAGGACCUGCUGGUGGGUGUCAUGUCAGCCAGGUGCCUUGGGGCUGGGGGACCCAGGGGUCAUGUUUGGGACCUGCAGUGCAUUGUCUGUAACUCAAGGACCUCCCUUAGUCUCUCAUGGGGACUUAGAUGAUCCUUUCUACAUCUCAAAAUGUACUUAGUCCUUCCCUAUAUCUAGCUCAAACCUCAGGUGAGGCAAGUUAGAUCUACAUGGGAAUAUUCCAAGAAUGUAGGACAGUUAAUCAGUGUAAUUCUACUUCUCAAACAGAUUUGAAUGUUUUCAGCGUCUCUUUCUCAGGCUUAUAGUCAUGAUGUUUUCGACCUGUUUCCCAUUACUUUCAUGGCUUCAGUCCCUCCAGAUCCCUUUUCAGUUGUUUGUGUUCCCAACUGAAGGGACUGCAGCCCUCUGAAGAGGAGAAAUUAUUUACACUGAUGAGCUGAUGACACAGUUGUUCUUAUUUAGAUAUUCAGGACAUGGCCUUCUUUUUUUCUCCUCUUCUUCCAGUUUUUGGUUUGUUGACAUGUUCUGCUUUGAGUUAACUAUAAUCCCUAGAUGGUAGACUUAGUGUUUACUCCUACCAGUGCAUACAGAUCCAGCCCAGAAGGAGCUCAGAAUCCUAAAAAUAGAAAUUACCCCUUUUUCCCCUGGGCUUUAAUUAUACUGAGGACAGUCAGUGUACAAAAGUCAGUGCACAGUGUACUGUGCACGCAGGGUAGCAUACUUGUUCAGAUCGCAUAGGCUGUGGGGUCAUACUGCCUGUGUGUGCAUCCAGCUCCGCUGCCCACUUGGGCAUGUUAUUGAAUCUCUCAAUAUGAAGCCUCGGUUUCCUCAGCUGUGAAAUGAGACUAUUCAUUAAUAUGUAUGUUCUAGUAUGGUUGAGCAUUAAAUGAGGAGAGGUAUACAAAGCAAAUCAUAUGGUACAUAGUGAGCUUUCCAGGUAUUGUAGCACCAAAGUUUUAUGGCCAAGGCACUACAAGGCCUAACAUUCAACUGCAAAGGAAAAG